AUGUGUGUCUUAAAUGAGAAAAGAAAGAACAAUGGUGAAACUCGUGGAACUUCCUCUAAGAAGACCCCUGUUACUCAAUCCCGAAAGCCCACUGCUCAGCCCUCUUCGUCGCCUCCUACGUCUGUGUCAACGAUGCCUCCACCUGCUCCAGCACCGGCGACAUUUGUUGGGAGAACUACCAAAUCCAAGGUGCGCAAGAGGGUGAUCUCUCUCUCGCUCUAUACUGAACACCCCAUGGUGUUUCCAGAUAUCUCGGCUGAUAUUGUCGAUGAUGCACCACCAUCUGAAGUGGUGGUGCCCUCUCGAGCCAAGAACCAAUCUACUUUUCUGAUUGAACUAUCUCUGGCGGCUAGGGAAAAAUCCAAGUCUGUUUCAUCUUCUUCCAAAGCAGCUGCUGUUGGGUUACUCAAGUUGCCCAUGAAGCUGAGCCGGUCCAAGAAGAACACUUUGGCUCCAAAAAGAAAGUUGGUGUUGGGCUCUUCUUCACCCCCCUUGACUGCAGCAAAGAAUAGAUUGAAGGCUCAUCCCCCUUCUUCAUCUUCCUCUGAAUCUGAACCUGAGGAAGAGAAAUAUGAGUCUGAAGAAGUCCAUGAUAUCACCAUAUCUGAUGAAUCUGUUCCUGACAAUGCUGAAUCAGAGGCUGAGUCUGGUGAGCCAGAACAAGAAGACAUUGUCCCUACUGAAGAAGAAGACGAAUCUGACAUAGAUCCAGUUGCAACUCCAUUGUCGUCCAAGGCUAAAGGCAAGAGACCUAUCUCUAAUUCUGCAACAUCUCAAGGACUCUCAGGUGUUAAUUUCAAACCUCAUUCUCCUACUUUUUGUUAUAAUGAUAAUACUCGUGAUAUGGUUCUCUAUUCUCAAAGGAAAAUUCUCAUUGAGAAAAAUUAUGUCUUGAGUGAUCAUUGUCCUUAUGUGUAUGUUAGGGGUCAUUGGUUCUCUUUUUCUCCACAAGAUAUUGCAAAGGCUUUGCAUCUUCCUCUUGAUGUUGAGGAUGAUGAUGAUCUUGACUCUCUUGACAAGGAUGAGGUCAUCACUGAACUAGUGGGACAAAAAAUGGUAUGGCCACCUAAUACAGUCAUCUCGGUUACCAAUCUCACCUACACUUAUGCUGUUCUUCAUAAGUUUGCCACAAUGAAUUGGAAACCGACAUCUCAUACCGCAACUAUCUCAUUUGACAUGGCUUCCUUUUUGUACAAAGUGGGGACCAGAAUUGGUGUAGACUUGGCCAUGUUUAUCUAUGAUCAAAUCAUUGGAUUUCGAAAAGAUCUCAAGCGAGAUCAAGAAGAUUUGGUGGCUCCCACUACUGCUACUUCCUACAAAGCAUCUGCUCCAACUACUGAAGCUGCUGAUGCUCCAUCAUCCAAGAAAGCCAAGCCUCAAUCCCUGAAUUUUUCCCCAGAUGACAUUCAUCCUGAAUCCUCAUCUGUUCCCAUAGAUUCAGGAACUGUUGCUGCAGAACUAGCUGCUGUUCGAGCCUCUCUUGAUUCUUUGAUUGCUCAAGUGAUGACAUUUGAAGGACUGCAACAUUCUGUUUUUGAUGCUAUUAAAGCUUUGUCCAAGGAUCUAGCGGUUUAG